CCGCACCACCUGAUGACCUUCGACAUCAUCCAUCCAUCCAUCCAAUCCAAUUUCUCCAAACACCAACUCACUCAACACUGAGUAAUCAAUCAAUCAAUCAAGAAUACCAGAACCACGGCUCCUUCACAAUGAAUAACCCACCCCCGGGAGUAACACCACCGGGCGCACCUCUCGGAGGCCAACAGCAACACCCCGAAGAUCCGCGCAUCCGCUUCCUCCGCCUCCCCCGCAACAUGUCCCCGACGCAAUUUCUCGAACAAGCCUUCAAACCUCUCCGAGUCGACGAAUCCCUCAUCAAGAACCCAAACCCCAUCACCCUCUAUCUGGGCCUCUGGGGCCGCACGGCGUACGUCACCAAGACGGUCCGCAGAUCCUACGCCCUCCUUGAGAUGAUCCGCCUGAAGACCGGCCGCGACCCCACCCAGCCCGAGAUGGACGCGGUGCUGGAGCUGACCUCGCAGGGCGCCUGCCGCUCCAGCCUCGGACUACCGGGGGGCGCGCUCGCGGGCUUCCUGUGGCAGGCGUACCGGCUGCGGUACUCGAUGGACUGGGAAAUGUUCUUUGCACCGCAGGUGCCGCCGGGGGGGCGGAUGACGGCCGCGCGAUUUAUGAAGGGUUGGGAGCUGAUGGGGGAUGCGGGGACUUUGGGCGGGGGGCGGCCGAUGCUCUGGGCGCGGUUGUUCAAGGUCGUGGUGGCGGCGGUGACGGGGGAUUUCGUGGUCGGGGUGUGGGCUUCGUGGAAGGAGGCUAGCGCGUGGAGGGAUGAUGAGCGGUUGAGGCGGUAUACGGAGGAGGUGAGGAAUAUGGCGGACUCUGCAGCGGGGAUUAGGUCAAGGCAGAUUAGGGAGAAGGUGUUGCAGAGGCAGAUGGAGUUGGAGCAGAUGCGGCGGCGCGAGCAGGCUGGGGAGACUGGUGAGGGUGAUGGUGGCGCGGAGUUUGCGUCCGAGUAUCAGCAUCAGGAUGAUGCGUCGCCGGUUGCCGGGGAGGAGAGGCAGUUUGCUCGUUAUGAGCAGCAUUAUCCUCAUGCUGGUGCUGGUGGUGCUGGUGGUGGCAACGAUGAGCACACUGCUAUGCCGACGACGAGGCAGUCACCCGCCUGGUGGUCUCGUUCGGCGGGAUCCUCGGCCAGACAGAGCGAAAGCGCGGAUGGUGGUGACUUCUUCGGUGAUGAUGAUGAUGCCAGCCCUGUGGCUCCGGACUAUCGCGGAUCCUCCUCGUCGAGGGCAACUGGCGGCAGCGCAUGGGACCGGAUUCGGAACAACGCUGCGCAAGGCGCACAGUCCAACUCGCACGCCGCUGAAUGGUCGCGGGCGGAGCGUGAGAGUGGAAGAUACAGUGAGCGUGAGAGGGCGCAGGCGGACUUCGACCGCAUGGUCGAUGCUGAACGCCAUGCCGGAUCGGACUCGGGGAGGGGAAGCGGUGGAUGGAGUAAGUGGUAGGGCUUUUGUUGCGCCGACAUGGUCUGUUUGUAAACUAGCGUCUUCACUCUAAAUAGCCUGGUUUUGUGGCUAAGUGCUUAUGUCAAUGAUCCGAAUUACUCCUGUGUACGAAUCAACCUCUUACGUCAGU